AUGGGUUUCUCAGAGGCAGAGAAAUCAUGCAAAGAUCAUCCAUCUCACAAUAAAAAACAAGGUGUUUGUCCAUCAUGUCUAAGAGAAAGAUUAUCUCAACUUCAUAUGGUUGUUUCCAGGGAAAAAGAAUCAGUAGCAGACAUGGCCGCCGGACCUUAUUCAUCUUCGAACAGCAUAUCCUCAGCUCAUCAUCAUCAUCAUCGUCAUCGUCCUCUACGAAACAUGUCUGAAAAGGGUUUGAUAACUUUCAGGGUGAGUGCAGGAAACGGGUUGAAGAAAAGCAGAUCGGUUGCUUUUGUAUCAAGAAACAGCGUUGCCGGAGAGGUGAAGCAUGGGUCAUCGGAGAAGAUCAAUAAGAAGAAAGGGUUUUGGUCAAAGUUGCUCGAUUUGAAAGGAGGAAAGAUGGCCGUUUAA